AUGUCGACAAUGAACAAGCGCAAUCUUCUUUUGUGCUUUGAUGCGUUUGGCACCCUAUUCACCCCCAAGUCCUCGGUGGCUCGGCAAUAUGUCCAAGUUGCAAGCCAAUGCGGCAUCACCAGCCUCACGCAAGACGAGCUCCAGCCGCACCUGCUGGCAGCCAUUCAUCAAGAAAGAAGGAGGAAUCCCAACUACGGCAAGGAUACAGGACUUGGGGCCACUCGGUGGUGGACAAAUGUGAUCCAGGCGACAUUCAAACCUCUCAUCCCCGACGGCCAACCUCUACCGCCGACUUUGGUGCCAGAGCUCAUGCGUCGGUUCGCAUCCAGCCAAGGGUAUGACGCCGUGCCCAAUCUCAUUCCCACUAUACGGGCCUUUCGCCAAGAAAAGGCGCGACGGGGAUUUGAACAGCUCGUCAUUGGAGUCGUUUCCAACUCUGACGAUAGGGUCCCGGGCAUUCUUUCUUCCUUUGGGCUGAGCGUCAGCCCGUUGCGUUACGGCACGCCAGGGGCGCCGCCGGAGAAGGAGUACGACAUCGACUUCCACUGCAUGUCGUAUGACGUUGGCGUCGAGAAGCCAGACGCGCGGAUCUUCCGCGCGGCCGAAACAAUGCUAAGCCGUGUCAUUGCCGGCCGGGCUGGGAGAGCCCCGAGCCCGGCCGAGUUGGGGCGCUGGCAGAAAGUCCACGUCGGAGACGAGUACGCCAAGGAUGUUGUUGGGGCUGCGCGUGCGGGCUGGAAGCCCGUGUUGCUUGACGUUGGGGACGAGUUUUCCCACGUCCCAACCCUGGGAGACUGGCCCCCCGAAAGUGAGACUAUGUUCAUGGUCGACACUGUCCAGGGCGGCAUCCACUUAGAUGCCAAGCUGCAGGACUUUAUAUCCAAGCUCCCAGACGAGACACACCGUCUGCUAUCUAUCGGCUGCAAAGUCGAGGGCAUUGAAGUCCUCCAGUGUGGAGAAUUCGUAGUGAACGAAUAUCCCGAAAUCGUCUUCAAGACUGGUUACUACAGGAAGGGGCUGAUUGAAGAGCAGUGGAAACGCGUCAAGGAAGCAGCCGAGUCGCCCACAGAGAAGCAGCUAGGUCCCGUCGUUGCACCGCAGAGUAUGUUCAGACUUGGCGAUGGAUCGGUUGUGAUUGCUGAGGAACGACUCUCUUCAGACCCCGAUCGGCAGCACCAAGAGGUCUAG